AUGGGAGCAUUUCUAGACAAGCCAAAGACAGAGAAGCACAAUGAAGGUGGUGUGGGAAAUAAAUUGCGCUAUGGUCUCAGCAGCAUGCAGGGAUGGAGGGUGGAAAUGGAGGAUGCACACACUGCAGUGGUCAGCAUCCCCUAUUUAAAAGACUGGUCAUUUUUUGCCGUCUUUGAUGGUCACGCAGGGGCCAGAGUUUCGGCCAUUUGUGCAGAAGAACUGCUGGAACACAUAACUCAGAAUGAAGCUUUUCGUGGCAAGCCAGAUGUCACAGAUGGAACAGAAAUCCAGCCUUCAAUUGAAGAUGUGUUUGCUGGGAUUAAGAGAGGCUUUCUGAAUUUGGAUGAAAAAAUGCGUGCCUUGCCAGAGGUGGUCAGCGGGGAAGACAAGAGUGGUUCAACGGCAGUCUGCAGCAUCGUCUCUCCAAAACAUAUCUUCUUUGCUAACUGUGGAGACUCGCGUGCAGUUCUGUGUCGCAAUGGUAGAUGCGCAUUUGCAACAACAGACCACAAACCUGUUAAUCCCAUAGAAAAAGAACGCAUUCAGAAUGCUGGCGGCAGCGUCAUGAUCCAGCGAGUCAACGGCUCGUUGGCAGUGUCUCGCGCGCUGGGAGACUUUGAAUACAAGAAUGUGGAAGGUAAAGGUCCAUGUGAACAGUUGGUCUCUCCCGAACCAGAAGUAUUUGUUGAGGAGCGCAACCCAGAUGAUCAGUUCCUGGUUCUGGCUUGUGAUGGCAUUUGGGAUGUUAUGUCCAAUGAUGAACUCUGUGCAUUCAUAGAGCAUAGGAUGAAAAUAACCAGCAGCCUAGAGGAAGUCUGUAACCAAGUGGUGGACACCUGCUUACUCAAGGGCAGCAGAGAUAACAUGAGUAUUGUGUUAAUAGCUUUUGAAGGUGCACCUACAGUAACGGAAGAAGCUGUGAAACGGGAGAGAGAGCUUGAUGAGAAGAUUGAGGCAAAGGUCAAAGAAAUUCUGGAGCGGGAACCUCGGGAACAUCAGGACAUUGGAUAUGUGUUACAUUCUGUAGCAGAUGAGUUACAUGACCAGUUUCCCCCUGGAGGGGGCUUUCAGUGCAAAAAAACAUUAAUUGAAAGCACAUACCAUAAACUCAGGCCAAAUGAAGAACAAGAUGAUGAUUUGGCGUGA